CUUCUUAGAUCAAAUCUACAGCUAGGCCGUAGAUUUGAUCAAAUAUUUGACGAUAUUUGACAAAGUUCCCUAUUACACCAUCAAAUUUCUUUGACAAAGAUAUUGGACAAAGAAAUUUGAUAGUGUAAUACCGGUCACAGUGGCUCCGUUAUCGUUCGGAUUCCGCCGACGGCCAGUCUUUUCAAUACGGCGCGCUCGCACUACAGCCGAUCUUAUCUCCCAAACGUACCGUCUUCGGACGACAAUUGAUGAAAUUAUUCGGUCAAAUUGACCGACGUUCUCGCACGCGAAAUAUAGAGCGCGAGAAACUGUGCCUGCAAGUAUAUCUAGCAGAGAUCCACAAGAUAACCACAUCCCCCAGAACCCUCCAAGUGCCAGAAGUCUGGAGGCAGACACAACAGGAAAAUGACAUCAGAAUCAGAGUGCAGUGGCGGGUGUCUUUUGGCUGGUGAAGACAUCGCAAAGAAUCGGAGCAGUGAGACGCUUGAAGCUCCUCCUUCCACUGUCACUUCUGUUUUACAUAAUGGCAGUGCCAAUAGUCCCCAGUCGGAUGCGUCUGCAACUAAUUUGAACACACAGCAAUCGGAAACUGCAGUUUCCUACGAGGCAGACAGUGCAGCACACAGCACGGGCGCCUGGCGCAUGAGUGUAGAUGACUUGCCCGAUGUUAUACUGAUAAAGAUAUUCUCUCACUUGUCUUUCAGAGAGCUACUAGAUGUGGUGCAGAAAGUGUGCUGUCGUUGGAAAAUGUUGUCCAGAGAAGCGGAGUUGUGGACUGAUAUGGAAUUCCAUAUCAAGUACAGCAGUGAUUAUGAUGACGACACGUGGAAGGGCGUAAAGACUGACGGGGAGGCAAUACGGACUUUCUGCGAUCUCCCGAACUUGCGUAAUGUACGAGUGUUUCGCCCUGCCAAAUCCCGUGUCUUCCGUGCGCUCUACAACAGGUGUCGCAGACUGUUCACGCUGCGCCUGCACGCCGCACAGAAGCUCAGCUACUCGGUGCUGGAAAACUUAGUUGAGAAGUGCUCCAGAAUACGCACACUAAGGAUAUCCAACGAACUGCUGAAGUCUGAGAAAUUUUCGGAGGCAGUGUCACGCCUGCAGGACCUCCGUGUGCUGGAGGUGGCAAUGAACUUGAAGGAACCCAUUCCUGUGCUGCGACCUUUGGGUGACGGGUGCCCGCGACUAGUAGAGGUUGACUUUGUGUACACAACUUUAGACGACGACGAUUUGAAAUACUUCCUGAAUGCCAAGAGAAACACCCUUAAGUGCAUACGUAUAAAUUCGGAGGCAGUGAUCGGAAAACGGUGUGUCCUACCAUUGCUGACCAUCUGUGCUGACAGCUUGGAACGGCUGCAUCUUUAUGAUUUAGACUUAAGCCACAGUGAGGUGAGGGAGGCAUUUACUGCACUGAGAAACCUGAAGAACUUGCAAGAACUUGAGAUGUGGGUCUCCAGUCCCGAACCGCUUGAUAAAAUUACUAUGGUAUUUAAGACUGGUGGGCUGCCAAAACUGAGGCUUCUGAAUCUACGAGCGGGUCGCAGGCUGGACGAUAGCACUGUAAUUGCCAUCAGCCAUGGUUUCCCCACUUUACGGGAACUCUGCGUCAGACAUUCUGAACUACUGUCUGACACUGCAUUCUCACAGAUCUACCAUCUGGAACACCUUGAAAUAUUGGACGUGUCAGGUUGCACAGGUCUCGGUGGGGCGUUUGUCCCCUACCUCGUCAGGCUACCACAACUUCACACGUUGGUCAUGGAAGAACUGGAGUUUCCGAAGCUGCAACCGGGUCUGAGCAGUAUCCUCGAAUUGUCCGGUUUGCGCGCACUGUCACUCAGCUGGUCCCUUGUUACUGGAAUGCCAUUUGAUAGAUUUCCAGGGAAUCUUGUCAGUCUCAGGGAGCUGACUGUACACUGGUGCAGAGGUGAUCCUAAAGCAACAGAUGGGCUGACUGAGCAGAUGCCCAAGCUUAAAAUUCACGGCUACUUUGAAGAGGAGGAGCCAGACAGUGACAGUGAUAAUAGCAGCAGCAGCAGCAGCAGCAGCCAUCGUGAGAGUGAUAAUGAUGAAAUGAUGUUGCUAUUGGGUGACUACACCACAUGUCCUGUGCUCUGAAUGUCUGCUGGAAUUGCAGCCGAGAUCACGUGACAUUACCUAGGAUCAGCUGACAAAAAAGCAUCGCAAGCUCGAUUUCAGUAUUUUGGAAACUAAUAUGCUGUAUUUGGUGGAAUUUUGUAUUUAUACUUUCAUAAUAUCAAAAUAUGGAUUGUCCUUCCAAAAGUGCCAGGAAGAUCUAUAAUAGUGUAUAAAAUCUUUACCAUUCAAGGGAUUGAGGGAUUUUACACUUAUGAGGUAAAGUAUACUUAACAUGGAAAAUUUGUGUUUUUAACUGGUAAACAUCUGGGGCUUUUUUGUUUUGUUAUCCAUGUAUACACCAUGUGUAUUUGUCAGUAAUUAUGUUUUUAUCUUGUAUUUUAUUGUAAAUGUGUUGUGUGUUCAAUAAAAUCAGUUCUAAACAUAUUGUAAAGUUAUAAUUGGCAAAAAUGUGUUCAGAGCAUUAUUACUUAAAC